AGGGCGGCAGCGCCGAGCCCGGGGAGGGAGCGCGAGCCGCAGUGUCCCCCCGCGCGCCCGCCUCCGCCUCCUGCGCGCAGAGGAGCAGCCCUUGGGGGGCAGGGAGGGGGGCGCAGAAGCGGCCCGGGGCGGGGGGGCUGGCUGCCGGACCGGCCUGGAUGCACCCUCUCCAGCCCGACGAGGAUGUGAGCGCGGCCAGCGCGUGCAGGUGUUGACACCCAUCCAGAGGCACUGUGAAUUUCGCUGAGCCGGGGGGAAGAGGCAAUCCGGCCUCUGCCCACCAUCAGCAUGAAUCCCGGCCCUGGAAUGUCUCUUGUCCCUCUUGUCAAUCUCCUCAUCGUGCUGCUGAUCGGCUGUACUGCAGAAAGUCCCCCAGUAUUCAUCAAGACUCCUGUGGACCAGAUCGGGGUCUCGGGAGGGGUGGCUUCCUUUGUGUGCCAAGCUACCGGAGACCCGAAGCCCCGUGUGACCUGGAACAAGAAAGGAAAGAAGGUGAAUUCACAGCGGUUUGAGACAAUCGAAUUUGAUGAUGGAGCCGGUGCCGUCCUACGGAUCCAGCCCCUCCGCACCCCCAGGGACGAGAACAUUUAUGAAUGCAUUGCCCAGAAUUCUGUUACCGAAAUCACAGUCACGGCCAAACUCACUGUCCUGAGAGAGGACCAGCUCCCCCCUGGCUUUCCAAACAUCGACAUGGGCCCCCAGCUGAAAGUGGUGGAACGGACAAGGACGGCAACCAUGCUGUGCGCAGCUAGUGGAAACCCGGACCCCGAGAUCACGUGGUUUAAGGACUUCCUGCCCGUCCACCCCAGUGCUAGCAAUGGAAGGAUAAAGCAGCUAAGAUCAGGUGGCCUGCAGAUCGAAAGCAGCGAAGAGACCGAUCAAGGGAAAUACGAGUGCGUGGCUAGCAACAGCGCCGGGGUGCGAUACUCAUCGCCCGCAAACCUAUAUGUGAGAGAGCUACGAGAAGUUCGCCGUGUGGCCCCUCGUUUUUCCAUCCUGCCCGUCAGCCACGAAAUAAUGCCCGGGGGCAACGUAAACAUCACCUGCGUGGCCGUUGGCUCACCCAUGCCAUACGUGAAAUGGAUGCAAGGUGCAGAAGACUUGACCCCAGAGGACGACAUGCCAGUUGGCCGGAACGUUCUGGAGCUAACGGACGUGAAGGACUCCGCCAACUACACUUGCGUGGCCAUGUCUAGCCUGGGAGUCAUUGAAGCUGUCGCACAGAUAACUGUGAAAUCGCUCCCCAAGGCACCGGGGACUCCCGUGGUGACCGAGACCACCGCAACCAGCAUCACAAUCACGUGGGACUCGGGGAAUCCCGAUCCCGUGUCUUACUACGUCAUUGAGUACAAAUCAAAGAGCCAGGAUGGUCCGUACCAAAUCAAAGAGGACAUCACUACCACACGCUACAGUAUCGGGGGGCUCAGCCCCAACUCAGAAUAUGAGAUUUGGGUGUCGGCCGUGAACACUAUCGGGCAGGGCCCCCCAAGCGAACCUGUAGUGACCAGAACUGGAGAACAGGCCCCGGCUAGCGCCCCCCGGAAUGUUCAAGGUCGAAUGCUGAGUUCCUCCACCAUGAUCAUCCAGUGGGAUGAACCCGAGGAACCGAACGGGCAGAUCCGAGGCUACCGGGUCUACUACACCAUGGAGCCGGAUCAGCCUGUCAGUAACUGGCAGAAACAUAACGUGGACGACAGCCUCCUGACUACAGUGAGCAGCCUUCUGGAGGGGGAAACGUACACCGUGCGAGUCUUGGCUUUCACUUCGGUAGGAGAUGGGCCUCUCUCAGAUCCCAUCCAGGUGAAAACACAGCAAGGAGUUCCUGGACAACCAAUGAAUUUCCGAGCAGAAGCCAAAUCUGAGAGUACUAUUUUGUUGACAUGGAGUCCUCCCCGCCAGGAUAUGAUUGUGAAGUACGAGCUUGUGUACAAAGGGGAGACCCAGAAGGAGGUUUCGAAGACCUUUGACCCCACAUCUUCGUUCACUGUGCGAGACCUGAAACCCAACACAGAGUAUAUCUUCCAGCUGGCCGCUCGCUCGGCUUUGGGCCUUGGGGCCUACACCCCGGAGGUCAGGGAGCGCACCCUGCAGUCUAAACCGUCUGCCCCCCCUCAAGACAUAAAAUGCGUCAGCGUCAGAUCCACGGCCAUUCUGGUAAGUUGGCGGCCUCCUCCGGCCGAAAGCCAAAAUGGAGUCUUGGAUGGAUAUAGCGUCCGCUAUCGAGCCCUGGACUCGGAGGACACAGAACCGCGAGAGGUGAACGACAUUGCCCCAGCGACCAAUCAGAUCCUCCUGGAAUCGUUGGAGAAGUGGACAGAAUAUCGCAUCACCGUCACAGCGCAUACGAAGGUGGGGCCAGGCCCUGAAAGCGCACCGGUCAUCAUUCGUACCGACGAAGAUGUGCCUAGUGCCCCACCUCGCAAGGUGGAAGUGGAGGUUCUGAAUUCGACUGCCAUCCAAGUGUUCUGGCGUUCACCCAUCCAGAACCGCCAGCACGGGCAGAUACGCGGCUACCAAGUCCACUACGUGUGGAUGGAGAAUGGAGAGGCCAAGGGCUUGCCCCAGAUCAAGGAUGUGAUGCUGGCUGACGCUCAGUGGGAAACCGAUGACACUGCGGAAUAUGAAAUGGUCAUUGCUGGGUUACAGCCAGAGACAGCCUACUCCAUUACAGUAGCUGCGUAUACCAUGAAAGGGGACGGUGCCCGUAGCAAACCCAAGCUGGUUGUGACAAAGGGGGCAGUCCCAGGAAAGCCAAUCCUGUCUGUCCACCAGACUCAGGAAAAUACCCUCCUUGUAAAAUGGGAACCUCCCUUGGAUGCCGAAGGCCAGGUGCUGGGGUACCGCCUGCAGUUCGGGCGCAAGGACAUUGAUCCCUUGGCCACUUUGGAGUUCACCGCCGAGGAGGAUAAGUACACCGCCACUAACAUCCACAAGGGUGCCACGUACGUGUUCAAGCUGGCCGUGAAAAGCCGGGCUGGUUUCGGAGAGGAAGACCUGCAGGAGCUCACCAUCCCAGAAGACGUACCAAAAGGGUACCCCCAAAUCCUCGAGGCCAGCAACAUCAGCUCCAGAUCGCUACAGUUCAACUGGUUGCCCCCUGUCUUGGCCGAGAGAAAUGGGGCGAUCGUCAAGUACACCGUGGCCUUCCGGGAGGCCGGGUCUUCCGGCAACCCACAGGAAAAAGAACUCCCCCCGUCUCCCGAGAAUUCAUACAUGUUGAACGGCCUCAAGCCCAACACCGCCUAUGAUGUUAAAAUCCGAGCCCACACCAGUAAAGGCCCCGGGCCAUUCAGCCCAACUGUCCAAUACCGGACGUUCCUUCUGGAUCAAGUUCUUCCCAAAAACUUCAAAGUGAAGAUGGUCACCAAGUCGUCGGUUCUCCUGGGAUGGGAGUUCCCCGAGAAUUACAACUCUCCAAUUCCGUACAGGAUCCAGUACGACAACGGUGGCAAAGACAUCGAGGUGGAUGGCCGGGCAACCAAAAAGCUAAUCGUAAACUUGAAGCCCCAGACUCACUACCGGUUCAUCCUGACCAACCGCGGGAAUACCAUGGGGGGUCUCCAGCAAAAUGUGGAUGCCCGGACCGCAGCCAACCUGUUGAGCAAGAAGCCGGAGGUGACCUUUGGUCACGAUAUGGACGGCAACGUGAUGGUGAACCUGGUGGACGCAAAGAGCUCGGACUCUUCUGUGCAGGCUUAUUACGUUGUGGUGGUCCCUUUAAAGAAAUCCAGGAGCGGGCAGUUCCAGAACCCAUUCAACAGUCCGGAAGAAAUGGACUUGGAAGAGUUGAUCCAGGACAUCUCACGACUGCAGCGCCGCAGCCUCCGUCACUCCCGUCAACUGGACCUCCACAAACCAUACAUCACCGCCCGCUUUCUCUCCCUGCCCAACUUCUUCACCCUCGGGGACUUGAAGCAUUACGACGGAUUUGAGAACAAGGCCCUGGAGGCUGGGCAGAAGUAUGUCGUUUUCGUCUUGGCGGUGCUGCGGAACGCUGAAGCUACAUACGCAGCCAGCCCCUUCUCGAACCCUUUCCAGAUAGACAACCCUGACCCACAGCCCAAGAUUGAUGGAGAGGAAGGCUUGAUCUGGGUGAUCGGGCCGGUCCUGGCGGUGGUCUUCAUCAUUUGCAUUGUCAUCGCCAUCCUUCUGUACAAAAACAAGCCAGACAGUAAACGAAAAGACUCUGAGCCAAGGAUCAAGUGCAUGCUGAACACCGUAGAGAUCGCUUCCCCACCACAUGAUCCCGUGGAGAUGAGGCUUAUCAAUUUCCAGAAGCUAGGUAUGCUCAACCACCCACCAAUCCCAAUUUCAGAAUUGGCAGACCAUACCGAGCAUCUCAAAGCCAAUGACAACCUGAAGCUCUCUCAGGAGUAUGAGUCCAUUGACCCUGGUCAGCAGUUCACCUGGGAGCUCUCCAACCUGGAAGUGAACAAGCCCAAGAACCGGUAUGCCAACGUGAUCGCCUACGACCAUUCCCGGGUCAUUCUGCUGCCCAUUGAAGGGAUUGUGGGCAGCGACUACAUCAACGCCAACUACAUUGACGGCUACCGGAAGCAAAAUGCCUACAUCGCCACGCAGGGGCCCCUGCCAGAGACCUUCGGGGACUUCUGGCGUAUGGUGUGGGAACAGCGGUCUGCUACAGUCGUGAUGAUGACCAAGCUGGAGGAGAAAUCAAGGAUAAAAUGUGACCAGUACUGGCCAGGCCGGGGCACAGAGACGUAUGGCAUGAUCCAGGUCACCUUGCUAGAUACCAUCGAGCUGGCCACGUUCUGUGUCCGGACGUUCUCCCUUCACAAGAACGGCUCCAGUGAGAAACGUGAGGUCCGCCAGUUCCAGUUCACAGCCUGGCCGGAUCACGGUGUCCCUGAGUACCCAACCCCCUUCCUGGCCUUCCUCAGAAGAGUGAAAACCUGCAACCCUCCUGAUGCUGGCCCCAUCGUGGUGCACUGCAGUGCGGGGGUUGGCCGAACAGGCUGUUUCAUAGUGAUCGACGCCAUGUUGGAGAGGAUAAAACAUGAGAAGACUGUGGACAUUUACGGGCACGUGACUCUCAUGCGGUCGCAGAGGAACUACAUGGUACAGACGGAGGACCAGUACAGCUUCAUACAUGACUCCUUGCUAGAAGCUGUCGCUUGCGGAAACACAGAAGUCCCCGCUCGGAAUCUGUAUACAUACAUCCAGAAGUUGGCACAGAUCGAAGUUGGGGAACACGUCACAGGCAUGGAGCUGGAGUUCAAGAGACUUGCCAACUCCAAAGCCCACACUUCAAGGUUCAUCAGCGCCAACCUCCCAUGCAACAAGUUCAAGAACCGCCUUGUUAAUAUUAUGCCAUACGAGACCACGCGGGUCUGCCUCCAGCCUAUCCGGGGAGUUGAAGGCUCUGACUACAUCAAUGCCAGCUUUAUCGAUGGAUACAGGCAACAAAAAGCAUACAUCGCCACCCAAGGGCCAUUGGCAGAAACCACAGAGGACUUCUGGCGCAUGCUCUGGGAGAACAAUUCUACCAUUGUGGUGAUGUUGACCAAACUUCGAGAGAUGGGUCGGGAAAAGUGCCAUCAGUACUGGCCAGCAGAGCGGUCUGCAAGAUACCAAUACUUCGUGGUGGACCCCAUGGCCGAGUACAACAUGCCUCAGUACAUCCUUCGGGAGUUCAAGGUCACUGAUGCCAGGGACGGGCAGUCACGGACCGUCCGCCAGUUCCAGUUCACCGACUGGCCGGAGCAAGGCGUGCCAAAAUCCGGGGAAGGCUUUAUCGACUUCAUUGGGCAGGUACACAAAACCAAGGAGCAGUUUGGACAAGACGGCCCAAUUUCUGUCCACUGCAGCGCGGGCGUAGGAAGGACUGGGGUUUUCAUCACGUUGAGCAUCGUCCUGGAAAGGAUGCGCUACGAGGGAGUGGUGGACAUUUUCCAGACGGUGAAGAUGCUGCGGACACAAAGGCCCGCCAUGGUGCAGACGGAGGACGAAUAUCAGUUCUGUUAUCAAGCAGCACUGGAAUACCUGGGCAGUUUUGAUCACUAUGCAACAUAAAACAAACAAACACACACAUACACACACACACAAAAAAAGCCAUCCAUCUUGCGGACUCUUUACCACUUAAAGUCCCGGAAGGCCCCUUCCCAACUGGAGAGGUGAGCUUGACCUUUUUAAAACAAAAAAACCCCCACAAAAACUGAAACCAGAAGAACUUUUCCUUUUUUUUUAUUUUUGUUUUCCAUUUCGGACGCUCCAGUGGGGGAAAAGAGGAGCAAGCCAGGAGGCAGCAGAGGGGAAAAAAUAUACUCCCCCCCCCUUCGCUCCGUGGCUUCGGGACCCCCGUGCAUCUGAUUUGGGUUGUUGUUGUUUUUAAGACCCUGGACCGCAAAGCAGGAGAGGGGGGUGCGGCUCGGGAAGAAGAUUCCUUUUUAAGUGGCGAACUCGUUCUUACCUCAUUUGGUGUUCGCGGUGCAGAAGCAACGGCAGCGCUUGGACGGCACAGAACUAAUCCAAACACUUAACAAAAACUUUUUUUGUAAAAAAAAAUUAAAACAAGAAGAUACCCUUGAGCCCCGCGCCACACGCACACCACGGAAAACAGCAGCCUGGUUUGGAAGAAGCGCCGAGAGAGGCUGGAGAAAGAUCACGGAAGAAAGGAUUGGACCAAGGCAAUUAAGAGAUUGUUGUAGGCUUCAGUUUACAUACUAAUCUAGUUGAAAAAAACUUUACAGGAAGUCACUCGCGGGUGUGCCAAAGGUCGGGGUGGGGAGACACACAAACAGGAACGCAGUGAAUAAUUUCAUCCAAAACAGAACGCAUCAUGCCAGAGUCAUACAGGUGAAAUCUCUGUCCUUCCACCGGACUCAGGGAGUUUUUGCCACAAUGCAAAAGCCGAUGGGUCUCUCCCCCCCCCCCCCUCCAUUUUCAUAGCUCAUCUUUUCAGCGCUUGGAACAUUCCUCAUGUAUUCUGAUUCCUCAUUUUCUAUUUCAGAAAGCAAAACCACCAUGCAAUAAGGAGCCUCUCGGGACCCGAACACAGGCUCUCUAAAACGGGGGAGGGGCGUCCUCUCUUCUUCUUUUUUCUACAUGACCCUCCACCCCCCCACCCCCCGAACCUCCCUGUGUUUAGAUCAUUUUGGUUCAUUCCCACCUACCUCCCCUUUUCAGACGUGAGGUACGAAACAUGUUUUGUUUUUAACGAAAGGAAUCCUCCCCUCUGUUGGUUCCAUUUGCACAUCAAAAUUAACUUUUCCCAACAAGGUGUUUUAGUGGGUGUGUCCCUCCCCCAAUGCCAAAGAGAAAAAUGGCAGAUUUUUGAGAGAGCCCCGUGUGGGGUGGGGUGGGGUGGGGGCACUCAACAAGGGGAGGUUAUCUACUGCAGGCAGGAUUAGACCGAGACAAGAGAAAGGGCCAGAAGAAAAAACCUGGAAGCGGCGUUCUUUAAAGCUAUCAAUGUAACUUAGCAAGUGACAUUAAUUUUUUUUUUGCUUUUUUUAAAUAGUGUAUUUUUUUUCCUUUUUUAAACUAUGUAAAAAAAUUUACAAAAGAUAUCAGUCGAUGAAUUUACAAAAAAAAAUUACUUAUUUGUUCAUAUUCUGUUCAAAGACAAGUCUAUUUUUUCACUGUAGAAAUGUUACGUGUAAUGGCUGUGGUACAUGAGAGACGUGUCAUGCGGAAAAAUGCUACUUUACAUAACUGCUUUUUUUUUUACCAUUUAAAAGAAGUUUAACCUGCUCAUGUAUGAACAACAACAACAAAAAUGUUGCUGCUUUUAAUAUUCCUUUUUCUCCCUUUCAAGAGCACAUAUCAAGCCUUUGAAAGGGCGUCAGGUUAGAGGAGUCAGUGUGGGAAGGGUCCCUUCGUUUCUCCUCGGGCUACCACGUUUGUUCUUCAAGGGACCACCGGCAAGAGGGGAGGUUCAAUUUAGAAGCCCGCAUCUUAUUCGAAAGACUGGCAUUUGGGACCCAAGCCAGAAAGCGGAGGACCGGAAGUACAGGGCUGUGGUGGCACCCCCUGGGGAAAACUUGUCAGGAAGGUGGGCUAGCCCAGAAGGUUCUCCCAUAGCCAAGUACGAGCUCACACAGCUUCCACCCAGCCACUCUGAACGUGGCCAACCUGCCCCGUGGGAUCACAUCGGUCCCUCCUCCAAGAAACACCCGAUUUAUUACGGGCUUAUGAGGCGCCCAUCUGUGGCUGGAAUGCUGGGCUCCAUGUGGCGGGCCAGGAUUUGUGGGGCCUUGGCCAGGAGCUUUCGGAUCAAGCAGCACGUUAUGUUUUCUGCCCUGUUUGGGCACGUGGGGAAAACGUUUUCUCUUCCAAAUGUAGCUUUUUCGAGGAAGGGGAACGGCAAGAGUAGCUCCGAGACUCUUUCCCAGCGGCUAAAAAUCACCCCCAAAUAGGGGGCAGAGGAAGAAGGCUAGUGGGAGGGCGACAGCAGGAAAGGUUCGUGCUCCCUCCUUUACAGAAGCAGCGGAAACAUAACACGCCGUUUGAUCUUCCAGUUUGGAUGUACAAAACCAAGGUUUGAAACCCCGCUCAGCCUUGAGAUUACUGGGUGGCCCCAGGCCAGUCACUUCUUUCAGCCUUCCCUACCUCACAGAGCUGUUGUGAGGAUAAAAUGUGACCCUCUGUGCCCCCCCCCCCGCCCCCCAAGUUCUUCUGAGGAAAAUAUGGUGGGGGGCAGAGGGCUGGCUUUAUUUGUACCCCAUUCCCUCGCCCACAGUGCAUUUUCUGGGAUACAGGUGACCCCACCUCUGGCAAUAUAAAUGGUACUAAAAGUGCCCCAGAAAGGGGCCAUUGAUUUAUACCACUCCUCACUUUUAUUACUUUCCAGAGGGGAUUCGUAUAACUGGGGGAGAGGGCAGAGUGAACCCCCCCCCCUCCAUGAUUACUCAAAACACACCAACCGGUUCUUUAGGUACGAAGUAGAGAAAGGUCAGUGCUUGAGAGGUGGUUGAGUAGGCGGGGGGUGGGUGUCGCAAAGCGUCUUCGUUUUCCCUUUUUAAUUUUUCUUUUUUUUCUCCCCCCUUUGUAUGAAAGCAAGGCCCCUGUUGCUCUCACGCUGUUAUUUCCAAACCAACCAGUUAAAAGUGGUUACUCCGACCACAGUGUAUGUAGAUAUAUAUAUUGACUUUGUAUUAAAGGAAGAUUGUCUGAAAAAAACAAAA